AUGCCAAACUUUGCAGCUCCAGAAGUAAAAAAAUUUGUGAUUUGGGACUAUGUUGUUUUUGCAGCACUAUUUUUAAUCUCUGCCAGCAUUGGAGUCUUUUUUGCAGUUAAAGAGAGGAGAAAGAAAACUUCAAAGGAAUUUUUGGUGGGUGGUAAGCAGAUGACAUGUGGACCCAUAGCUUUUUCUCUUACAUCAAGCUUCAUGUCAGCAGUAACUGUCCUGGGGACGCCCUCCGAAGUUUAUCGCUAUGGGGCAUCCUUUGUGCUCUUCUUUCUUUCGUAUACACUUGUCAUAAUUUUUACUUCUGAAAUUUAUCUACCUGUUUUUUAUAGAUCUGGCAUCACAAGCACUUAUGAGUAUUUGGAGUUAAGAUUUAACAAGAUUGUCCGUCUUGCUGCAACAUUGAUUUACAUCCUGCAGACGAUCCUUUACACAGGAAUAGUGGUCUAUGCUCCGUCAUUGGCACUCAACCAAGUCACUGGAUUUGAUCUCUGGGGUUCUGUAGCUGCAACAGGAAUUGUCUGCACUUUCUAUUGCACUCUGGGAGGAUUGAAAGCUGUCGUCUGGACAGAUGCAUUUCAAAUGAUUGUUAUGGUGACUGGCUUCAUGACAGUUUUGAUUCAAGGAACUAGUCUGAAUGGUGGAUCGACCAAAGUCUGGGAAGAUGCCCAUGAAGGAUCUCGGCUAAACAUAUUUGACUUUGAUGUUGAUCCUUUGAGACGACAUACCUUCUGGACAAUAGUUAUUGGGGGAACAUUUACAUGGCUAGGAAUCUAUGGAGUCAAUCAGUCCACAAUACAGAGAUGCAUUUCCUGCAAAUCAGAAAAGCAUGCUAAACUGGCACUUUACCUGAAUUUACUGGGACUUUGGACAGUCCUAGUGUGUGCAGUGUUUUGUGGAUUGGUGAUGUACUCUCAUUACAAGAGUUGUGACCCUUGGACUGCUGCUUUCAUUUCAGCUCCUGAUCAGCUCAUGCCAUACUUUGUUAUGGACAUUUUUUCUUCAAUGCCAGGAGUCCCAGGACUGUUUGUUGCCUGUGCAUUCAGUGGAACACUGAGCACCGUAGCUGCCAGCAUCAAUGCUUUAGCAACUGUUACCUUUGAAGACUUGAUCAAGAAAGGUUUCCCAAAUCUCUCUGAGAAGAUGAGCACGUGGAUCAGCAAAGGUUUAUGUGUAUUAUAUGGCGUCCUAUGCACUUCGAUGGCUGCAGCAGCAUCGCUGCUGGGAGGAGUUGUGCAGGCUUCCCUCUCCAUCCAUGGGAUGUGUGGGGGGCCAAUGCUGGGAUUAUUUACUCUGGGAAUUGUGUUUCCCUGUGCUAACUGGAAGGGUGCUCUCGGAGGCCUCUUAGCUGGGAUCAGCUUGGGUUUUUGGACUGGUACCGGCUCUUUCAUUUACCCUGCACUACCAACAAAGUCCAUCCCUCUGCAACUGUCUACCCUCAACUGCACCCUGGCUAACAGCACCGAGGCACUGGUAACACCAGCUCCCAUGGUGGCUCCAGAGAGGCCUUUGCUGGCAGACACCUGGUACUCCCUGUCCUACCUAUACUUCAGUGCCAUCGGCUGCAUGGGCUGUGCCAUCACAGGGUUGUUGAUAAGCUAUAUAACAGGGCCUAGUAAAGGAGAAGACAUCCCACCAGUGUUAAUUAAGCCAGUCUGCAACCCAUUUUGCUUUUGGUCCAAAAAACUCAAAAUAUUCCUCUGGUGUGGUGUGCAGCACGACAACCUGGAGAUGGAUUUGGACAAAAAACUGCCUAAAGGUGCUGCAAAUAAAACCAGAACAGAUUACACCUCCAAGAAUAAUACCAACAAAGAAAAUAUUCACCAGAUCCGUGGUUACAAUUCUGAGGAAAAUUCAUAUACAAAUAUAAGCAGAGAAUCCUACCUCUAGAAGCUGAGGGACAAGGGAUGUUUAAUCAAACUUUAGUUCUUCAGCUUCAGAAAUUAAUAACUUCUUUUACUGUGCUUACGAGCUUGCACGUGACUAAGAGGGAGCAAUUGCUCUCUGUAACAAUAAAAGCCAGAUUUUUAUUUACGAAUUUCUUGGCAGACCUGGGAAAUGAUCAGACAAUCCAAAUUGGGUUUUGGAAGCAUUGCUAUUUCAGAAGAAAUGUUUAAGGAAUUUUGCUGUGGAAGCUCCCACUCAGACACAACUGCAAUACAACUGCAUCACUCUAUUCAGCAACUCAUGGUUGAAGGGAAUGUGCAAAGGCGAACUCAAAAUGAACUAAGACUUUGGAGAAAUUUGUAAGAUAUAUCACUAAGCUGAGUCUGUGAGCUGCCCUCUGAUGGAGAGAGGUCAGGUUGAGCCUACACACAGGUAUCACAAAAAGUCUCCCCGAGGAACCUUGUAUACACCAGACUGGUCUUUCAGUCACCAAGAUAACAGUGUUUGCUUCCUCUGGGGAAUUCAAGCUUUACAACUUCUCAUAGUAAAAGCUAUAGGACAGAGUAACAAAUUUUACUUUGAAUUCAGGAUAGUUCUUUAUCUGUGUUAGUUUUCAUCUCAAAAGGAUCCACUUUCAUGCAAUACAGAAAAUAAACCAAUAUUUAAUGAUGAUCAUGCCUCCUAAUUGAUAAUUCAUGCUGAAUUUUGAAAAAAAAGGACAC